UCAGCUCAUUUCUCUCACCAUAAAAGCCCACCAACACCAUAUAUAUUAAUACUAAAAGCUUCACAUAUACAGAGAGAGAGAGAGAGAGAAGAUGAGCAGAGAAGGGAAGGUGGUGUGUGUAACAGGAGCGUCUGGUUUCAUAGCAUCAUGGCUGGUGAAGCUCUUAUUACAACGCGGUUAUAUUGUCAAAGCCACGGUUCGGGACCCAAAUGACUUAAAGAAAACAGAACACUUAUUGGCACUUGAUGGGGCAAAAGAAAGACUGCAUUUGUUCCAAGCAGAUUUGAUAGAAGAAGGAUCUUUUGACGCUGCAGUAGAUGGAUGUGACGGUGUUUUUCAUACAGCAUCCCCUGUCCUAUUUUCAGCCACUAACCCUCAGGCAGAAUUAAUUGACCCUGCAGUGAAGGGAACCCUUAAUGUUCUAAAAUCGUGUGUAAAAUUUGCUACCGUCAAGAGGGUAGUUCUAACAUCUUCUAUGGCUGCAGUCAUUGUCAAUGGAAGACCAUUGACCCCUGAUGUGGUGGUUGAUGAAACAUGGUUUUCAGAUCCUCUUGUGUGUGAGAAUUUGAAGGAAUGGUAUUUUCUUUCAAAAACUUUAGCUGAGGAGGCUGCUUGGAAAUUUGCUAAAGGAAAUGGGAUUGACUUGGUUACCAUAAAUCCAUCAUAUGUGACUGGUCCACUCUUACAACCAAGUCUUAAUCUCAGUGUGGAGAUGAUUCUGAAUCUCAAAGAUGAUAUUGAAGAUGUAAACAGUUCAAUUUAUCCAUCUAGUGAUGUUAGAGAUGUUGCCUCAGCUCAUGUUCAAGCAUUUGAGGUUCCUUCAGCUAAUGGAAGAUAUUGUUUAGUUGGACAUGUUACACCCAUGGCCAAGGUCCUGAAGAUUUUACAUGAACUUCAUCCCUCUGUGUGUCCAGCUGAAAAAUAUGUGAAGGCCAAUCCUUCUGAACCCACAUUUCAAGUAUCACGGGAAAAAGCAAAAAGUUUGGGAGUAAAUUUCCUUACAGUGGAAGUAAGUCUUAGGGACACUAUUGAAAGCCUCAAGGAGAAGGGCUUCCUCAAGGUUUGAAUUAUGCAACUGACAGCAACUUGCUCAUUGCACAAGUUGAUCGCGUAUUGGAAAUUCAAGUGUUUUUUUUUUCUUCUGCUAAAUUUAUUCCAAGAGAUUGUGAAAGUAAUAUUGUUCAUGCUCAGACUUUUAUCUGCAAUUGCCCAAAAUGGUCAGG